CCAAUCCAUGUUGGCCACAUUCCACAUCCAUGGAGUGGGCACGAAGGUUGAAUCGGUUGUAUUCCUGCUAAAGGUUGAAAUGAACACGUACGAAUAAGGGUCUGUUCAUUUUAUAGGUGAAAUGACUGAAGAACACUCAAAUUCGGGUGACCCGACGGUUGCUUCUGAUGCCCAUUCCCUUCGAAAAGCUAUCGCAGAGAUGAAAGCAGAGAUCUCGAAAAAGCAAGAACUGUUGAGAAAAUUGCACAUGGUGAAGACGCACCGGAUAAAGAACAGUGAGAACUCCAUCGAGGACCUGAUUUCCCAGUGGCGCUCGGCGGCUCAGGACGCCCUGACCGACUUGCAAAAGCAAAUGGCGGAGCCUAAGCCAAGUCUGAGAAACAUGCUGGCAAACCUGAACAUUGAGCAUUCGUUGGUCGGCUACAACGAAGAGGACGACUGCUUUGCUUGAUACAGGAAGCACCAAAACGAACUGCCCAAUAAAAAUAAAUGAGGUGCUCUAUCACAA